AUGAAUCUACUAAGUUGGAACUGCCGGGGGCUUGGGAACCCUCGGACAGUUCAAGACCUCUACCGUAUGGUGGAGGAGAAGAGGCCCAAGGUGAUUUUCCUUAUUGAAACCAAAGCUAAUGCAAGUAGGUUGGAUGGGGUAAGGAGAAGGUUAGGUUUUGAAGGCUGUUUUGUUGUAGAGGCAGUGGGUAGGAAGGGAGGUUUGGCCCUAUUGUGGAGGGAGGAAGUAGGGGUCGAGGUAUAUAAUUUUUCACAAUGGCAUAUUAGUGUUUGGAUGGGCAAGGGGGGUGAGAGUGCAAGAUGGUUGCUGUUUGGCUUUUAUGGCCAGCCUGAAACUGCUAAAAGAAAGGAGUCUUGGAACUUGUUGGCAAGAUUAUGCCCUGAUAGCCAUAUUGCAUGGUGUGUCUUGGGUGAUUUCAAUGAGAUCACUUCCCAAUCCGAGAAAGAGGGAGGCCGUCAAAGCAGUGAGUCACAAAUGGGGGCUUUCCGAGAAGCUCUAAAGGUGAAUGGCUUGUUUGAUUUGGGCUAUAAAGGGAACGGUUUCACUUGGUGUAACCAACAUGCUGAUUCCUCUUUCACUAGGGAGAGAUUAGAUAGAGGAGUGGCAAAUGGUGAGUGGAUUUCAAAGUUUAAUGUGACUGUUGUGGAAAAUAUGGUAGCGAGAACCUCUGACCACAGCCCUGUGCUGUUAAAAUUGUUAGAAGGAAAUCUUGGAACCAGGAGGAGAGUGAAACUGUUUAAGUAUGAGGCAAAAUGGGCUACUAUAGAGGGUUGUGAUCAGGUUGUAGAAGGGGUGUGGAGGGAGAGGGGGUCUGGCCUGUCUAUGCAGAAACUUCAAAGGGCCUUAACAGCUUGUAGUGGUGCUCUAGUUAGGUGGAGUAAAAUGAAAGAAAAGGAGGAGGGCAAGAACAUUAAGGAAAAAACUGCUCAACUGGAGGAACUGUACAACAGGGAGGUGCCUCAGGAUGUAGGAGGGGUUAAAUUACUAAGGGAAGAAGUGGGCAGGUUGCUUGAACAAGAGAACAUAAAGUGGAAGCAAAGGGCAAAAAGGGAUUGGCUUCUACUAGGGGAUCAAACACAAAGUUCUUCCACGCUUGUGCUACACAGCGGAGGAGGAAGAAUGAGAUAA